AUGGAUCCCACAACCCCAGACAUGAAGAUCCGACAGGUGUUGGACCACUGGCGUCAAGUUGGCCCCAUCGACAUUGCCCGUCACAUGCAGUACGUGCCGCCAAUCGAAACCGACUCAUCCGUGGACCCAAAGCUCGUCCGACUCACGAGCGGCAUCGACUGCCUGGCCCAGCUCCUUCGACACCUCGCGAGCCACGCCAACGACAUUCAUGGCUACAUCGAGGAGGUGAUGGUGGCUGGAAAGAGCAACCCAGUCCUUGCCUACGCUUGGCAGCCCUUUGAGCGAAACCAACCGUGGCCCGACAAGGAGCAGAUGGCGGCUGCUGUCGCCCAGAAGAUGGAGGUGAUCAAGGAGAUGGUGGAGGGCCCCGAGCCACGCGAGGUUGCCUAUUUCUUUUUAGGCCUCAGCGGCAGCGACAUCAUGUGGGAGACGUACUGGUCAAGGCCCGAGACAUCGCUCUUCGCCAAGGUAAUAUACCAGGAGAGGACUUCGGGGCGUUGGCGGGCGAGGGAGCGGACCCGCUACGACUUCGCAUGCGCCGUCAUACACCUCGACAGGACCUUGAAUUCGAGUCAAACUCUGCAGGGCGCCGUCAACUCCUCGUUCGGGCCGCACACGGGCUCUGACGGUCUACCGGAGAUAUGGCUGGCGGCAGGCGCCGAGGUUGCGCGAGUGUUCUACAGGCCCAGCUCUGGUCACUCGUUGCCGUUUGGCCACCUGUACGAGUUCGAUCUGCCGCUAGGUGUUCCCGAUCUCGCCGAGGCGAUGGCCAACGCCACCGGUACUGUCCCUGUCCGCUGGCGCGUUCACUACCGACUCUUUGCUGUCAUCCGACAGAGCCCAGUGUCCCUUUUCCGCCCUCAAGGACCAGACUACAUCAGGACGUACAACCACAGCGGAACCAAAGUGGACAUGCACUGGAAGCCCUCGUCGAUCGUCAACGACACCUGGAGCGUCGAAGAUGACGUCCCUGGCGUCACGUACACGCUCGUGUACCUGAAGCGAGCGCCGCUGCCUGGCUUGGUCCCUUCCGAGUUUGGCGUCGCGGCCCCAGCAAGCCGCAUUCUUAGAACCGCCUCGUCGUCUAGGCGUCCGGACGGGACGCGCCGCACGAGACGCGGCAAACGUGCCGGCGCAUCGAAGGACAGCUCGCUUCCAGGUUCUUCGCCAUCGACAGACCCGCCCGCGUCUGCGUCUACAUCUGCGCAGACGUUCCCCCCCGAGCCCGACGCGUCUGCCGCACCUUUGGACUCGCCGCUCGCACAUAUGGACAGCGUCUGGGUGUCGCUCCCCAAGCCCAGCGACGAUGGAGCCGAGUCUCUCGCGGACCGCAUCCGCCGAGUGCAGGCCGACCUGGGCGACCUGAACGAGUUCUACCACAUCUCCAUUGCUCCGUCGCGACACGCGCGCCUGCAGCAAUUCUACGACGAUGAGCUCGAGUCGCUGGCCGCCGUCGACUUUGGCGCAUUGAACCAGCAGGACAGGAUCGACUACAUUCUCUUGAAGAAACACCUGCAGCGCAUCUCACGCCAGCUCCAGUCGGAAAAGGAAGCGUUCGGCGACUUCAAGGUGCUGCUCCCGUUCGCCGACGCCAUCGUGUCCCUCUGCGAGCGCAGGGAAAAUGUCAAGCCCAUGGAGGCGGAAAAGACGGCCAAGCAGCUCGACGGCAUCACCACCUCCGUCGCAGCCAUCACCAAGCAAGUGCAGGACGGCAAGGUGAAGAUUAGCAAGACCAACGCCUACCGUGCCUCCAAGGUCAUCAAGGAGCUGCGCGGCCACCUCAAAGAAUUCUAUGGCUUCUACUCGUCGUACGACCCCCUCUUCGACUGGUGGUGCGCGGCGCAGUGGCGCGCCGCCGACGCCGCCCUUGACGCCUACCUGCCGCUGGUCGAGGACAAGCUCGCGGGACUGCGCUCCGACGGCACGGGCGACAUCAUCGGCGAGCCCAUCGGACGUAAAGCGCUGCUGCACGAGCUCGAGGCCGAGGUGCUGGCGUACUCGCCCGAGGAGCUGGUGCGCAUCGCCAACGAGCAGUUCCGGUGGUGCGAGGCCGAGAUGAGGCGCGCCUCGCGCGAGCUCGGCUACGGCGACGACUGGAAGCGCGCCAUGGAGUACGUCAAAACCAAGUCGGUGCCGCCGGGCGAGCAGACGCAGCUGGUGCUGGAGCUCGCGCGCGAGGGCGCCAACUUUGUGCGCGAGCACGACCUCGUCACGGUGCCGCCCAUUGCCGAGGAGACGUACCGCAUGUUCAUGAUGAGCCCCGCGGCGCAAAAGGUGAAUCCGUUCUUCCUCGGCGGGCCGGCCAUCAUCGUCUCGUACCCGACGGCCGAGAUGGAGUACGGGCUGAAGCAGAUGGUGAUGCGCGGCAACAACCGCCACUUUAGCAAGGCGACGGCGUUCCACGAGCUGAUCCCGGGCCACCGGCUGCAGCUGUUUAUGGGGGAGCGGCACCGCAGCCACCGACAGCUGUUCCAGACGCCCUUUUUCGUCGAGGGCUGGGCCAUGUACUGGGAGCUGGUGUUUUGGGAGCGCGGCGACUUCUUCACGUCGGCCGAGGACCGCAUCGGCACGCUGUUCUGGCGGAUGCACCGGUGCGCGCGCAUCAUCCUCUCGCUGGGCUUCCACCUGGGCGACAUGCAGCCGCAGGAGUGCAUCGACAACCUGGUCGCGUGGGUCGGGCACGAGCGGUCGACGGCCGAGGGCGAGGUGCGCCGCUGGCUCAACGGCGACUACUCGCCGCUGUACCAGUGCGGCUACUUUGUCGGCGCGCUGCAGCUGUUUGCGCUGCGCCGGGAGGCGGUGCUGGAGCAGGGCAAGAUGACAGAGCGCGCGUUCAACGACCUGGUGCUGCGGUGCGGUGCCAUCCCGCAGGAGCUGGUACGGGCGGUGGUGAUGGAGACGGAGCUCGAGGCGGACUACGACGCCAAGUGGCGGUUCUACAGUUUCAAGUGA